CGAAAACCGAAAGGUGGUGAUAAUAUUUAGUAAAUACUUUGACCGAGUCCACUUGCGUAACGCCCGUUUUGUGGGCGAAAUAAAAAAAAAACAUGUUCGGGCUGUACGAAAUUGUUGUGUUGUUUUCAUCGAUUUUAACUGUGAUUCUUGUCAAGAAGUUUACGGAAGAGAAGUCGCCGUCCAUCUGCAAUGUCUACAAGAGAUGCGACGCCUUUUACUGGCCCAAAUUCGUCAUCUUCUACUGCAUUUUCACGCUACUCAAGUUAAUAAAUUUCCAAAAGCAAUACAAGCAUUUCGACAAAGCUCAACGGUUACCAAAGACUUCAAAAGCAUUCGAUGAGGUUUCUUUUAGUUGUUCCAAUAAUUCUGGUGAAUUCAUCGUGUGCGAUGUAUCUAGAAGGGGUGAUUCUUCUGUUGAUGGAAUGAUGGCAAUUAAAUUGAAAAAUUCGCGUUUACUUCGAACCAACUUGAAAAGUGCUUCAUCUAACGAUAGUUUCAAGGUUGAAGGUAUCAAAGUGUGCCCAGUGGAGCAGGGAAAGAAGUGGAAAAUUAUAUACGAUGGUCAGAUGAAAGAUGAUGCAGGAAAAAUGCUUCCUUGCAAAAUAGAUUUGGAUUAUUCAUCGGAUUAUCCCUUGUUUAGCUACGAGAAACAUGCUAACAGUGUAUUGUUUGCGGAUUCAUUGGCCCGAGAAGACUGGAGCUUGAAUUACUUUAAGAACUUGCAAUUUUUGCAUCAGACGCACUACGAACAGCAUGGUGAUGUUAGAGGUGUAAUUAGGAUCGGCGAUAAAACAGAGAACGUCUCUCUUAACGCGUUAAGAGAUCACAGUUUCGGAAAACAAAGAGAUUGGAGCCAAUUCCACCGUUACGUUUUGCAUUACAUAAACGUUGAUAACGGUGACAAGAUUUCUGUUGGCUCAAUUUCCAUGCCGAUUGCCUUUUCCAACUUAAGCGUGGGUCACGUCUUUGAAGCUAAAACUGGUAAGAUGCAGUCCAUAUCCAAAAGCGAUUUCAAGUUGUACCAACACGGAGAAGACGGUGUCCCACCAAAGGAUUACGCUUUCACUAUCAAACUUGGAAAAGUCACUUAUGUAAUCGAAGUGGAAGUGGAGGAAGGAUUUGAGUAUUAUAGAGGUAACAAUGAGGUGAAGAUGAUUGAGAACUCGUGCAAAUUCAGAGUGAAUGGAAGACGGGCAUGGGGUUCCAUCGAGUGGCUUUACAGACAUGUAGAAUAAAAUAGUUUUACGUAAA